AGACCCCCCGAACCCGACGGCAUAGGUGCCGCCGAGCAGAAAAAGCAAAAGGCAAUCCCAGCGUCCAUCUCACCCGCACCGCGGUAAAAGAAAAAGCGCACCCCCUCGCCUCGAAACCUUAUCCACUCGUUUCCCUUCCCUCUCCCCCGCUUUAUAAUCCCACCACCUUUACCGAGCACGAGCCAUCCAAUCCAGUCGCAAAUCACAUCGAACCCGAAGGAAACGACCCCUCUCUCGCUCGAGUGCAAAUGGCAGUGGCAUCCGGGAUGGCCUUCUCCGUCCGCCCGCCGGCGCCAGCCGCCCGGCCCUGCGCCGCCUCCGCGGCCGCUGGUGGGGCGAGGAUGCGCGCCGACGGGCCGGGCGGCGGCGGCGGCAACGGCAAGUGGUGGGCGCCGCUGCUGGGGUGGUCCGAGCAGCCGGACUACAUCGACGCGCAGCCCACCGCCGCGGCGGAGGAGCAGCAGCGGCGGGGGGCGCCGCGGAGGUUCGGCGUCCUGACGGAGGACAAGGCGCGGCAGCUGCGGAUGCGGAUGAUAGAGACGGAGAGCUUCCACGACGCCAUGUACCACUCCGCCAUCGCCUCCCGCCUCGCCUCCGCCGCGCCCGACAAACACUAGCCUCAAGCCCGCCGCCGCGCCGCGCCGACAAGAAGCAAUCGCUGUGUAUAUAUGCUUCCAUGUUUUUUCCUUCUUCUUUUCUCCCCCGUGUUUAAUUUCUGUAGAAUAAAUUACGUGGUGAUGUUGUUGUUGGGAGGAGAUGUAGAGAUUAGAGGAGGGGACGAAGUAUUACUAUGGGCACCUUCCGCCUCGACCCACUGCGACGAGCCUCCCAAACCUGGUGCAGCUGAGCUGAUUAGGGGUAGUGGUGUACCAGUGAUUCUUGCGCCGAAAUGUUGUGGAGAGAAACCUGCAUGUAUGAUGUUUCGGUUUGUUCUUUGUUCAAUGUUGUUGCAAGACUUCAGAGUA